GGCUUAUGUACGAUAUCCAGCACGCAGAACGCGAUUUAGUCUUCGAGACAAGAUCUAUUUCGCAUGUUCGCGCCACUUUGUGCAGACCGCAGCGUAGAAAAUGUCAAGACGCAAUAGAACCCUGGCACCGCCGGGCACAUGAUCGCGUCGCGGAGUCUCAUGGACGCCUCGAUGCUUCAGUACUUCAGUCCGACCGGUGAAGCUGUCUGCAAGGCCCCAAAUCUAUAGAACGAGUGCCGCAAAGCCACUGGCAGAGCCUGAGGUUAGAGGACCUUGACACAGAUGCUGUGGCUCCGGAGAGCUGCAGCACCGUCGGUGGCUGUGGCCGACGAGCGACCUCUAGCAACAAGCAACGUCAUGGAUGUGCCGCUGUUUCUCCUCGACAUGCAGCUUGUCAUCGCUGUCGUCGACUUGUCCUUCUACCAGGUCGCGCGUGGCAUGGUGUUCCGUCUCACAGUCGGCACGACCUUCUUCCUCCUGCACACCUGGCCCUCGCUUCGCAUUUCGACGUCCUACCCCACCGUCACUGCCCGCUUCUUCGCUGGUGUGUACAUGAACGAGACGAACGUCUCCGCGAUCGGCGUCACGUCCGAGGCCACGGCCGGUGCUGUCAGCUCUAUGAUCGCCGCGUCGUGCAUGAUGAAGCUGCUGUCGGUCCGGAGUCCACGCUGCAUGUGGCUUUUACCGACACCCGGGUCACGUCGUCACAACGUCGGUCUCCGCUUCUCCACUGCCUCGUCAAUCGCGAUCAUCCUUCUAUGCUCGUUCUAUUACUAUACCUGGGUCAAGCACCUCGUGUUGCAACAUGCAUGGCGCGACACGUCGAAUGGUGUGUAAGACUACGCCGCUCGAAAACAACGAAACGGGCCCUUGGAGGCGAAACGUAGUACAUCAAUGGCAACCAGCUUGUUAGAUAUGCACUUCCGACGCGUUGUGCGCGCCCAUUCCGAUUUAGGUUCAAUGAACGAG